AUGGACUCCUCCGCCCCCGCCGACGACGUCGCCGCCCCCGCCAACACCGCCGCCGCCGACGCCGCCGCUGCCCUCGCCGCCCCCGCCAACACCGCCAACACCGCCCCCGCCAACACCGCCCCCGCCAACACCGCCAACACCGCCGCCGCUGACGCCGCCGCUGCUGCUGCUGCUGCCACUGCUGCUGCUGCCACUGCCGCCGCCGCCCUCGCUGCCGCCGCCGCCCUCCCGCCGCUCCCCCCUGCCCCCGGCCCGCCCACCGCCGCCGCCCUGCUCGCCAUGCCGCCCGCCUCGCGGGCCUGCACAAGGCUGGCUUCUCGGCCAGUCCAGCGCCAGCUGGAGUUCCGCGCGGGCUACGAGCCCAGCAAGUUCAACCUCGCUGUUCGGCAGCAGAACCUCGAAUCUGCGCUCGCGCAGGUUGUCGGCCGCGUCGCCCCCACCGAAUGCAACUCCUGCCAGCGAGCAGCUGGCCCGUAUACUACCUGCGUGGUAGUUACAGGCCAGCUGCUCGACUCGUGCGCCAACUGCCACUAUGGCAGUGAGGGCGCCCGCUGCUCCUUCCGCCGUAAGUUUACAGCCUCCACAUUCCCCAUACAGACCUUAUUGACCCUGCUACAGCCACGCCCGCCCCCGUCGUCCCCGUCCCCGCCAUCGCCACCCCCUCCAGGUCCCGCCGCCAGGUCGCUGCCGCUGCCGCUGCUGCUGCCCCUGCCCCUGCCGCUGCCCCUGCCACCCCCUCCAAGAAGCGCCGCCGCACCACCGCCACCCCUGCUGCCUCCCCGCCGCCGCCGCCGCCGCCGCCACCACCGCCACCGCCUCCAAGAAGGAGAAGAAGAAGGAGAAGAGGAAGAGGAAGAAGAAGAAGGUCUGUAAGUGCGUACGGGACGUAAAGAAGUCCGUAGCGGCUCUAGAGCUUGCUAUGGAUUCCUCCUCCUCAGAGGACAGUGAUGAAGAUGAUGAGGAUUAA